CUGUUCGGUACCAACUCAGUGGACGAACAAGGCAACACGAUUCCAGAUGAGUUCGACAGAGAUCCUCCCGUUGUCCAACAGUUGAGGAGAACCUUCAAAUACUUCCAGGAUUACAGACAGAUGAUCAUCGAGCCGACGAGCCCUAAGCUGCUGCCCGACCCCCUGAAGGAGCCGUACUACCAGCCGCCCUACACCCUGGUGCUGGAGCUCACCGAUGUCCUGCUGCACCCCGAGUGGUCGCUGGCGACCGGUUGGAGGUUUAAGAAGCGGCCGGGCAUCGACUAUCUGUUCCAGCAGCUCGCUCCGCUCUACGAGAUCGUCAUUUUCACUGCUGAGACUGGCAUGACAGCGUACCCUCUCAUCGACAGCAUCGACCCUCAGGGUUUCAUCAUGUAUCGUCUCUUCAGAGAUGCAACUCACUACAUGGAGGGCCAUCACGUCAAGGAUGUGUCCUAUCUGAACCGGGACACCAGUAAGGUGAUCUUGGUGGACUGUAAGCGCGAGGCCUUCAGCCUGCAGCCCUUCAACGGCCUGGCUCUGAAGAGAUGGGACGGCAACUCGGAGGACCGCACGCUCUAUGACCUCGCCAACUUCCUCAAGACCAUUGCUCUGAGCGGCGUGGACGAUGUGCGCUCGGUGUUGGAGAACUACGCUCUGGAGGACGACCCCAUCGACGCCUUCAAGCGCCGUCAGGCUCAGCUGGCGCAGGAGGAGGAGCAGCGCUUGGCCGAGCUCGCCCAGCAGAAGAAACAGGGACUGUCUCUGGGCUCCAUCGCCUCGCGGUUCUGGCGCUCCAAACAGCAGUGAGACCCCCGCUCCCUCCCCAACUCCCAUCCAUCCAUCCAUCCAUCUUCCAUCCGUCUCAUACUUCCACCAACCGCUGUCGUGGAGGAGAAGGAAGAGGGAAGGAGGGAUAGAGAGAGAGAGAGAGAGAGAGACCCUCCUGCUGCCGCUGAAUGGUCCCUGCAGGACGUGCCAACCAAUCAUCAGCGGGCAGUUCUGCCGUGCUGGAAACAUUGGCUGUCCCCUCUGCACCAAUGAGAGAGGCACUUCCUGUUCUCCCCUUCCCCCCGCCCCACCCCCACUCCCUUUGGUCACCUCGACGUCACCUGACACGUCGGUUCGGUUGGUUAAAAAAAAGAAAAGAAGGAAAAGAAGCAACAAGGGGAAGCGCCAGAGGAUCCAGGUCAGGGUAAACUCUUGAUGUUGGCGGCAGGUUUUUUUGUUUUGGAUGCUGGUCUGAGAUCAGUGCCGCCAUCGCCACUCCGGCUCUGCUCGGACGCACCGCGCCGCCCACAGGAUCUGACCUGAGAUAUCCCGAAAACCUUGAGGUUCAGAAUGUGUAUUUUAUUUUAUUUUCUAUUCCUCUGUGUGUAUGUGUGUUUGUGUCAGACUGUGCUGACGGGCUGCUGGAGACAAUGUAAAAAAUAAUGAGAAUUGUUUAUAAGAAAUAAAGAUAAACGGUGAAUAA